CGAGAGACAAAGCUCCACGACGAAAGCGCUCUUCUACCUACCUAGGGCAAAAACAAACAUCUCCCACCUGAGGAUUUUUUUUUUUGCAGAAUCUUUCUUCCCAUCUGCUUCUCCAAUUCCUUAUCCAAUCGUCCCGCCGCAAAAUAGGGUAUCUUUUUGGAGCGUCUCACUCGACUGUAUCCAGAAGAAGACAGAAAUGGCAGUCUGUUCUUCUUUCUCAUCUAUGGUCAAAGCUCCCAGUAGUAUUUGCUGUCCCAUGAGAAGUCGCCCAUCAUCUCCAACUGCAAUCACAGUACUGAAUCUACUCCCACAAAAGUCCAAUCUCAAAUUCUCCACAUCAAUUUCGAAUCCCAGCACACGAUCUCUCUUCUUCACCAGAACCCCUAAAUCCCAGCCCCAAACCCGAUUUCCCUCCUCGACCAUCCGAUCGCUCUUCACUGGAAUCGUCGAAGAAAUGGGGCAAGUCAAGCACCUGGGCAACACCGCCGACGGCGGAUUCGACCUCAAGAUCCGAGCCAGCACCGUCCUCGAGGGCGUCCAUCUUGGCGACAGCAUCGCCGUCAACGGCACCUGCCUCACGGUGACCGAGUUCACCGACGAAGACUUCACCGUGGGGUUAUCCCCUGAGACUCUUCGGAAGACGUCCCUGAUAGAGCUCGAGGCCGGUUCGGCGGUGAACUUGGAGCGGGCGGUUCAGCCCACGAGCCGGAUGGGCGGGCAUUUCGUGCAGGGACAUGUGGACGGGACGGGGGAGAUUGUUGGCAAGGAUACAGAAGGGGAUUCGCUGUGGGUGAAGGUGAAGGUGGACAGAGGGCUGUUGAAGUAUGUUGUUCCGAAAGGGUUUAUCGCGGUGGACGGGACGAGUCUGACGGUGGUGGAUGUGUUUGAUGAGGAGAGCUGCUUCAAUUUCAUGCUCGUGGCUUAUACGCAGCAGAAGGUUGUGAUCCCUUUCAAGAAUGUUGGGCAGAAGGUGAACUUGGAGGUGGACAUUCUGGGCAAGUACGUGGAGCGGCUGCUCAGCAGUGGGUUUGUGGAAUCCAUCAAACCUGCAGCAUGA